AUGCGAAAUUCAAAAAGUAGUAGUAUAACUCAUUUGAUCCGAAUAAUGUCAUCUCGAGCAGAUUACUUGGCCAAAUACCUCAGCGGGGGGUCGAAGAAAGAUGAAAAGAAAAAGCGGAAGAAGAAGAAGGACCAGGUUGUAGAACCGAAACCUUCGGUGGUGGUUGUUGAUGGGGGUACUCUUGGAGGAGCAGUUGAAGAUGUUCUGGAAGAAGAACCUACCGAUGAAACACCAGUGCAAGUUGAUAUACAGGGGGAAAUAUCUGCAUUCAAAGGAUUCAAAAGAAUAGAUGGCAGUGAAAGAGUUAUACCCGUUUCUGAGCCAUUACAAGAAUCUGGCCCAGAGAGUGUAGUUGUGCCAACAAAACCUGAAACUGUUUAUAGAGAUAGUAGUGGACGAAUUAUAGAUAUCCAAGCUCGAAGAGAGCAAUUGAAGGCGAAAAAGUUAGAGGAGGAAAAAUUGGAGUUGGAGAGGAAACAAGCCCUUGUAGAGACUGAUUUGAGUCGAUUACAAGAGAAAGAAUUACAGGAAAAGUUACGUAAUGCCAACAAGUUCACCAUAUCUAAGGAUGACGUGUCGUACAAUGCUAGACUUCAACUGGAAGCUCGGUUCGAGGAUCCAAUGAGUAGUUUCCAAUCGAAGUCAACUAGCAAGUCCGGAGAUGACUUAUUCAGUAAGACUGGGAAACCUAUAUAUACCAAGGGAAUAAGUCCUGCAAACAGAUUUGGGAUUUCUGCUGGACAUUUUUGGGAUGGUAUCGAUAGAUCCAACGGAUUUGAAGAGUUGGUUAUGCGCAAGCGUAAUGAGGUGACCCAACAGAAGAGAGUGGAUGACUAUGAAUUGGAUUUAGAUGAUUAG